UUCCUUUCCAUUUCUUAAAACAAACACAGCCUAAGGGUGCCAGGGAUUUGGUAGGCAACAAGAGAAAACAAAAGCUUACGGGGUUUUGUUGGACAAGACAGGAGAUAGAUGCUAAGCUGCUUGAAGGGAGCUUUGCUUUCUCCGUUGCCAAUUGAUUCAUGUUGAAUUUGUGCAAGUCCUUUCUUCACCGGCUCACCCCAUUUUGAUCGGAAACAAGACCACUCUUCUUGAUGGCUUAUCUUUACUCAACUCCCGCUCUUCCUACUCUCUUCUCUCCUCCUCGUCUGUCUUUCACUCACCGCACUAUCAGAGCCUCCUCCGCCUCCUUUUCUUCUCCUCCUCUCCCUUCUAUUUCCCGAUUGAAUGCCCAAGGAAGAGCGUUUCCAGGAGAUGCGGUCCUAGACACGAAAGAUUCCUCCCUUGUGGUUUGUUUUGGGGAGAUGCUAAUCGAUUUUGUCCCAACCACAAAUGGCGUUUCAUUGGCUGAAGCACCUGCAUUUAAAAAAGCCGCUGGAGGAGCCCCUGCUAAUGUUGCAGUUGGCAUAGCUCGUUUGGGUGGCUCAUCAGCCUUCAUUGGGAAGGUGGGAGAAGAUGAAUUUGGAUACAUGCUUGCUGAUAUAUUAAAGGAGAAUAAUGUCAACAAUGAAGGGAUGCGUUUCGAUCCUGGUGCACGAACUGCUUUAGCAUUUGUUACAUUGAGGAGUGAUGGGGAACGUGAGUUCAUGUUUUAUCGUAAUCCGAGUGCUGAUAUGUUGCUUCAAGAAUCUGAACUUGAUUUCGAUUUAAUAAGGAAGGCAAAAAUUUUGCAUUAUGGAUCUAUUAGUCUUAUUACGGAACCAUGCAAGUCUGCGCAUAUUGCAGCAGCCAAAGCUGCAAAGGAAGCUGGUGUUGUUUUAUCAUAUGAUCCCAAUCUCAGGCUUCCACUGUGGCCUUCUGCAAAGAGUGCCAGAGAAGGGAUUUUGAGUAUAUGGGAGACUGCUGACAUUAUUAAGAUAAGUGAAGAAGAAAUUUCUUUUCUAACAGAAGGAGAAGAUCCAUUUGAUGAAACUAUCGUUCGCAAAUUGUACCAUCCAAAUCUUAACUUAUUACUUGUCACUGAAGGGCCCGAUGGUUGCAGAUACUACACAAAGGAGUUCAGUGGUAGAGUCAAGGGUAUGAAGGUAGAUGCAGUAGACACAACAGGUGCUGGGGAUGCAUUUGUAGCUGGAAUACUAUCUCAACUAGCAGUUGAUCUCUCUUUGAUUCAGAAGGAAGAUAAACUGAGAGAUGCACUUCUGUUUGCUAAUGCUUGUGGAGCUUUGACUGUGACGGGGAGAGGAGCUAUUCCAGCUUUGCCAACUAGAGAAGCUGUGAUGGAUGUCAUGCUCGAGUCUAUAUCAUAGGUAUAUGAAGUAGAUAGCAAACUCCCUCCUUUGUUAGAAUGGUGACAAAACCGAAACCUGAUUUAGAUUUCAAAACAGAGUUACCUCUGGUAGAGAAAAUAAACUUCAUUUAUAGCAUUGUAGUGAGUUCUUGUUGUUGUACAAUAAACUUUAGAUUGUGUACCAAAAUUUAAUACAUCAACAGAUUAUAUCAUUGAUUGCAUAAGAAUAAGACCAUGUACGUGUAAAUUAUUUUUCAAUAAAGUUCAUGCUGAGGCAUAUCAU